AUGGACUCCUCCUCAGGGACGCUCGAUCUGGAAAGCGUCAACCAGCAGAUCCGCAAGAGAUUGACACUGACGUUCCGUGAUGUCAACGUCCGCGUUACCGCGCCUGACGCGGCGCUGGGCGAUACGCUGCUCUCCGUCGCCGAUCCACGCCAGUACUUGAAUAUCUUCAAGAAGAAUCAGCGGCCAAAGAGGACAAUCCUCAAAGAUGUAACCGGUCAAGUCAAGCCCGGCGAAAUGAUGCUCGUCCUCGGUCGCCCCGGCUCAGGUUGUACCUCGCUCCUCCGCGUCCUCUCCAACGACCGUACCACGUUCGAGGAAGUACUCGGCGAAACACGCUACGGCAGCAUGGACCACAAAUCGGCGCAACGAUUCCGACAACAGAUCAUGUUCAACGACGAAGACGAUGCGCACUUCCCGACCCUGACAGUAAACCGGACGAUGAAGUUCGCGCUGCGCAAUAAAGCGCCUCGCGAGAGACCAGCACAUCUCCAGAACGAGAAAGACUAUGUGCAGGAAACGAGGGACGGCAUUCUGGGCUCACUGGGUAUUCCUCAUACGAAGAAGACUUUGGUCGGGAAUGAAUUUAUUCGUGGCGUUUCUGGGGGUGAGAGGAAGAGGGUUUCGUUGGCGGAGGUUCUGGCUGGUCAGAGUCCGGUUCAAUUCUGGGAUAAUCCGACGCGUGGUCUGGAUUCGAAGACGGCGGUUGAGUUUGCGCGAAUGCUGCGUCGCGAGGCCAGUGAGAACGAGAAGACAAUUGUCGCGACGAUGUAUCAGGCCGGCAAUGGCAUCUACGACGAGUUCGAUAAGAUCCUGGUCCUGGCAGACGGGCGAGUCACUUACUACGGUCCGCGGAGUCUGGCGCGCCUAUACUUCGAGGAUAUGGGAUUCAUUGUGCCCAAGGGUGCGAAUAUUGCGGAUUUCCUGACUUCGGUGACGGUGGUGACGGAGCGCAUCGUGCAACCAGGAAUGGAGCACCAGGUCCCCAAUACGCCGGAGGAAUUUGAGGCUCGGUUCCACGCCAGCCCGAUUUAUGCGCAGGCCAUGGAGUCGAUUGAUCCGCCGGAGAAACUGACGCACGAAGAGGAAGACCUGGCCAUAGCCGUGGCGAGCGAGAAGAGGAAGAAACAUCUCCCUCGUCCGCAGAGUCCGUAUACCGCCAGUCUAUGGAGUCAGAUUGUGGCCUGCACGAUCCGACAAUUUCAAAUCAUGCUCGGCGACAAGCUCUCCCUAUGCAUCAAAAUCGUCUCAGCCAUCCUCCAAGCCCUCGUCUGCGGCAGUCUCUUCUACAAUCUCAAACUCGACAGCAGCUCGAUCUUCCUGCGCCCUGGCGUUCUAUACUUUCCAGUCCUCUACUUCCUUCUCGAGUCUCUUUCCGAAACAACCGGCUCCUUCAUGGGUCGCCCGAUCCUCUCCCGCCAGAAACGCUUCGGCUUCUACCGCCCCACAGCCUUCUGCAUCGCCAACGCCAUCACCGACAUCCCCAUCGUGAUCGUCCAAGUAUCCUGCUUCUCGCUAAUUCUCUACUUCAUGUCGGCCCUCCAAAUGAACGCCGGCCGCUUCUUCACAUUCUGGAUCAUCGUCAUUGCCCAGACGCUCUGUUUCAUGCAACUAUUCCGGUCCGUCGGCGCGCUAUGCAAACAGUUCGGCAACGCAUCCAAGAUCUCGGGUCUCCUGUCAACAGUCUUCUUCGUGUACGGCGGCUACCUUAUUCCCUUUGAGAAGAUGCAUGUCUGGUUCCGAUGGAUCUUCUACUUGAAUCCCGGCUCGUAUGCCUUUGAGGCCCUCAUGGCGAAUGAAUUCGUCGGUUUGCAGCUUCAGUGCGUCGAGCCGGAUUAUAUCCCCUACGGGGCGGGUUAUGGGGACGCUGCGUCGUCGAAUAAAGGAUGUGCUGUGCUAGGAAGUAACGAGGACGGAGUCAUCGAUGGAGCGGCGUAUAUCCGCGAACAGUACAGUUACUCGGUGCAUCAUAUCUGGCGCAGUUUUGGUGUCAUUGUCGGGAUGUGGGCUUUCUAUAUCUUCUUGACUGCUGUUGGGUUCGAAAUGCGGAAUAGUCAGGGCGGGUCGUCGGUGCUGUUGUAUAAGAGAGGCAGCAGUGGCGAUAAGAAGACGAAGCAGGAUGAUGAAGAAAAUCCGCAGGUCAAACAAAAGUCAGAGGCUGCGACUGCUGCGGCACUGAGCAAGACGGCCAAACAGUCGACUUUCUCGUGGAAUCACCUCGACUACCAUGUUCCGUUCCAUGGCCAGAAGAAGCAGCUGUUGGAUCAGGUGUUUGGGUUCGUGAAGCCGGGUAAUCUGGUCGCGUUGAUGGGUUCGUCCGGGGCUGGAAAGACUACGCUGCUUGAUGUGUUGGCGCAGCGAAAGGAUAGUGGGGAGAUCUACGGGUCUAUUCUGAUCGAUGGCCGUCCGCAGGGAAUUAGUUUUCAGCGAACAACGGGUUACUGUGAACAGAUGGACGUGCACGAAUCCAGCGCGACUGUUCGAGAAGCGCUGGUCUUUUCGGCCCUACUGCGUCAGCCGGCGGCUGUUCCUGAAGAAGAGAAAUUGGCGUAUGUGGAUCAUAUUAUUGAACUGCUCGAGUUGAGCGAUAUCCAGGACGCCUUAAUCGGAGUCCCCGGAGCCGGUCUCAGCAUCGAGCAGCGCAAGCGAGUAACGCUAGGUGUUGAACUGGUCGCCAAACCGACCCUUCUCUUCCUCGACGAGCCUACAUCCGGUCUUGACGGACAGUCUGCGUACAAUAUCAUUCGAUUCCUGCGAAAGCUGGUCGACGGUGGACAGGCGGUUCUGUGCACAAUCCACCAGCCCUCAGCCGUGCUAUUUGAAGCCUUCGACUCCCUCCUUCUUCUUGCUAAGGGCGGCAAAAUGGCCUACUUCGGCGAGACCGGAAAAGACUCCACCAAAGUCCUCGACUACUUCGGCAAGAACGGCGCCCCUUGUGCGCCCGACGCCAAUCCCGCCGAACACAUCGUCGAGGUCAUCCAAGGCAACACGGAAGAAAAGAUCGACUGGGUCGACGUCUGGAGUCAAUCCGAGGAACGGGCGCGCGCAGUCGAGGAACUGGAAGCCCUGAACAGGGAAAGCAAGGUAAACCAUCACGAGGAAGAGGAUCAAUCGGACUUUGCUACUUCGCACUGGUUCCAGUUCAAGAUAGUUUUGAAGAGGAUUAUGGUUCAGUUGUGGCGGUCGCCGGAUUACAUGUGGAACAAAAUCAUCCUGCAUGUCUUUGCUGCGUUGUUCAGCGGCUUCACGUUCUGGAAAAUCGGCGACGGCACAUUCGCGCUGCAACUUCGUCUCUUUGCAAUCUUUAACUUCAUCUUCGUGGCUCCCGGGUGCAUUAACCAGAUGCAGCCGUUCUUCCUACAUAAUCGAGAUAUAUUCGAGACGAGAGAGAAGAAGUCCAAAACCUACCACUGGCUCGCCUUCAUCGGCGCCCAAGCCGUCUCCGAAAUUCCCUACCUGAUCCUCUGCGCCACGCUAUACUUCGCCUGUUGGUACUUCACUGCUGGAUUCCCCGUACAAGCCAGUAUCUCAGGACAUGUGUAUCUACAAAUGAUCUUCUACGAAUUCCUCUACACCUCAAUCGGCCAAGCCAUCGCGGCCUACGCACCCAACGAAUACUUCGCCGCAAUCAUGAACCCAGUUCUCAUCGGCGCAGGCCUCGUCAGCUUCUGUGGCGUCGUGGUCCCCUACGCCCAAAUGCAGCCCUUCUGGCGCUACUGGCUCUACUACCUCGACCCGUUCACGUAUCUAGUCGGCGGUCUUCUCGGCGAAGUGCUCUGGGACGUGGAUGUCAAGUGUCAGGCUGAUGAAUUAGUCCGGUUCAGUGCGCCGGAUAAUAUGACUUGUUCCGACUAUAUGGGGGAUUUUAUUCAAAGGGGAACGGGGUAUUUGGUUGAUGCUGCGAAUACGGCCACGGGUGGGGAGUGUGCGUUUUACGGGUAUUACGGCGUUGUUUUGUAUCACGUCGUAUGCGUUGGUGUUUUUGAUGAUGAAGCUGAGAAGUAA